CCACACAUAAAGCACGCCACACAAACUGUCCGGCACCUUGUGUUCAGAUUGACCAUCGACACGCUUCCUAUUGGGAUCGCUUUAAAUGGCCGUACUCAGUCCCGCUACCAACACCGCCGAACUACUGCAGUACCUGCCUGCCUACAAGGUGGUGAUCUGUGCGACUUGCCGCUAUGCGAUCCAGCCAAAUGCUAUUGAACGCCACCUAAAAGAACUGCAUAAAUUCCGUCGUGACCAUCGCCGCCCAUUCAUGCAGUAUAUCUCAAAACUCGACCUCAACUUACCAGAUAAAGUAAGGGAAAUCCGCAAUACCGAAUCCCCUGUGCCGCUCCUUCCUGUGCAUGAUGGGCUGCAAUGCAUGCACGAAGGAUGUAUGCAUCUCUGUGUGUCUGCGAAGCGCAUGAAGGGCCACUGGCUUUCUGUCCACGGCCGCUCCGGCCAGAUCGAUUUUGACUGGCAUCCAGUCGCUCUGCAGACUUUCUUUAGAGGCAAUCUUCUGCGAUACUUUACGAAUUCCCAUGGGUACCCCGCUACUGACUCUACGCGGAGUAACAUCCCCAUAAAUACCUGCGACAGAUAUACUGAGAAGUUAAAUUGGAACGGAGGUGAAGUCGAUGACACUGAUCCCCCGUCGAUCAGUAGGCUACUUCUGCAAAGCCAGCUCGAUGAGAGUGAUUCCACCCUUCUACAUCACUAUAUUACGUCCACAUCAUUAAGUCUAGCUACCGAUGCCAGAACGAAAACCGUGUGGCAAGUUACAGUGCCGCAUAUUGCUAGCCAAUUUCCAUUUUUAUUUCACGGAAUUUUGGCCUGCGCCGCGUUGCAUCUUGCUUAUCUCGAUCCUAGCCAAGGGAGGGAGCUUAUGAUCAGAGGAAGAGUACACCAAGACCGAGCAAUGCCCCUCUUCCGAUCUGCGAUUGAAAAUCCAAAUAAGGAUAAUUGCGAUGCGGUUUUUGCAUUUUCCCACCUCCUUGUGAUAUACUCGUUCGCAGCAGAAAGGGAAGACGAGCAACUCUUUCUCGUUGAAUCCAACACCUUGGAAGUGUUACCAAGUUGGCUUUAUUUUAUCCGAAAUGGCUGCUCUAUGCUCUGCGAUGUAUGGGAUCAGGUUGAGUCGGGCCCGGUCGGGUCUCUUGUCUCAGUAUGGGAGAUUCCUAUCACUUUCUCAGAGGCCGAACAGGAGCCCCUCAUGGAUUCGCUUUUAUCAGCUAUACCCUUACAGGGCUUUGAGGAUUCUUGGUCAGAAGAUGUCUGUGAAAUAUAUCGGGAUGCUGCCACUGAACUUGGCGUGGCGUUCUCGUGCACACAGGACUCGAGUGUUAGCUUUACUGCCUGGGAUGCCCUACGUAUAUGGCCUAUGCGCAUAUCUGAAGCAUACUUGAACUUGCUCAGCCAACGGCAUCCUGGUGCGCUUAUUCUAGUGGCGCACUAUUGCAUUCUGUUGCAACGAUUAGACUCUCACUGGUACUUUGAAGGGAGAGCUAAGAGACUGCUCUUUGCAGUAAUGUCUUGUCUUGAUAGGCGCUGGCAUCAUAUUGUUAAGUGGCCAUUUGGAGAGAUCGAAGAUAUGUCCUUUAUUAGUCCUAAGACAUAACUGAUACUAUAAUAAUAAGAGGC